UCUCCUUUUUCAUUCAGCUGUAACACACUGUACUAUUUUUUACUAUUUUGGCCAAACCAGGCGUAAUGCAUACACAUGCACACACACACACACAAACAGACAAACACUCAGACACACCCACAUGGCACGCAUAUAUAUGCCAUAGAAAUGGCACAGCACUCUCACCCAGGAUCAUAUAAAGACAUGGUGUAUCCUGCAAGAGCGACAGUGCGUUAGCUCUCUCACGCGCGCACACACACACACACACACAUAUACUGAGCUAGACUGAACCUCUGGACAGUAGUGCACUCAGACUACAAGGAAAAGCAGAGUUGGAAAGAGGACCCGAGAGGAGAGGAGAGGGUGAGCCACUGCUCUGAGAGACGGAGAGAGAGAGAAAGCAAAAGAGAAGACUGGAGCAUGUGUUUUUCAACCAAGAACAUCUCCCCUUGGGACCCCAACAUCUGCAUAAAGCAGGACAAACAGCUGAACCGAAUGCAGCUAAAGGACCUUUCCCCAAGCUCCUCAGUUAGCAGCAUUAUCAGAUGAAGCAUAUUAUUUUUCCCACACGGGGAGGAUAAAAGAUACUACUGUAGCACUUUUCUUGUAGAAUUAUUUUAAGAGCUAUAGCACUUUGGAGGCUGAAACAGAUGGGCUCUGCAUAGCUGGUGGGUGGCACAAGGACGGCACCUACUGCCAGUGCCAGUCUAUGGUGGCACCAGAGUGGGCAGAGCAGACAUGCAGCCCCUUGACAGGACCCACCCGGAGAGCCUGGUCUAUGCAGCCCUGCCCAGUCUGCUGCUGGUACUGCUCGGUCUGCUAGAGGCGGCUAGCGGUUGUCCCACCGUGUGCAUCUGCAAAAGCAAUGGCACAGACUGUACAGGCCUAGCUCUGCUCUCCCUAACCACCGUCCUGCCCCUGCUGCCCCAGGACACCCGCACCCUUCGCCUGCCCCACAACAACCUCUCCUCCCUAGGCGAUGGGGAUCUGUCCAACCUCAGCGCUCUGGAGCUCCUGGACCUUUCCGACAACCACCUCUCCAGCCUGCAGCCAGGGGCAUUCUCUGGACUCAGCAGCCUCCAGUGGCUCAACCUCUCUGGUAACAACCUGGGUGAUUGCCCCCUUCCUACCUCUCCGGACCCCAGUAACCAGACGGAGGUGACACAGAGUAACAGGAGUUGCUGGGGGCUGAGCCGGGAGCUGUUCCAGGGUCUGUGGACACUGAAAGGGCUGGACUUGUCGCUGAACGGCCUGGUUGUUCUGCCCAUGGGCCUACUGGACGAGCUCCAGGGCCUGGCCUGGCUGUCUCUGGCUCGAAACAAGCUGCAGAGCUUGGACAGAGCUACCUUCCAGCCCCUGGGCAGCCUGUUGAGCCUCCAACUGGCAGCGAACCCAUGGGAGUGUGACUGCAACCUGAGGGACUUCAAGCACUGGAUGGAGUGGCUGCUGUACAGACACGGGCAGGUGGAUGCCGUGAAGUGCAACCUCCCCAAAGAGCUGAGGGGGCAGGACAUCCGCAGCAUCCCCAUAGAGAUGUUCAACUACUGCCUGCAGCUGGACAACCAGGACAGUGUCCCCGGCUACAACGGGCCCAGAGGAGGACGCCCACCCUGCGUCGGUCGGAUUAACGGGCCCAUGAACGGGCCCCAGGUUAACCAAGAAGAAUGUGUGCGCCAGCGCUACCGGCCCGUUAGCGUGCGCAGGGCCUGGGGGACUCAGAUCGUGGCGGCGUGUGUGUGUGGCGUGGUGUGCGUGUUGAUGGUGGUGGCGGCCACCUACGGCUGUAUCUACGCCUCUCUUAUGGCCAAGUACCAGAGGGAGCUGAAGAACAGAGGGCAGCCGCUGAUGGCGGGGGAGGGAGGGGGGGAGACAGAUGCUGAGGACGGAGCGUGUAUGUCCUCCCCAACGUCACCAGAUGAGCCAGAGCUGAAGGUGUCCAGCCCGAUAGUCCACGGAUACAGAAUAACAGGCUUAUGACCAUUAUUUUUCUGACUGCCUGAAAUUCCUAUUAGAAGGACUGAACUGCAUAUCGUACUCCUCUGUGCUAGGGCAAUCUAGGUGAGGGAAUGUAUGGAGCUGAGAAAGAAUAUCCCUGCUGCACUUUGCUGGUGGUGGAGUCAUACAGACAUGAUCACACAGGUGAUCGCAUAGAGGAAAAACUGGAAUCCUGCUUUGCUUCAAGACGUGUGGAUGCUCUGUGAUGUGUUCUGCCCUGUGACUCUUUAGUCAGCUCUCCAACUGUGUUAAUCAUUUGGGCACCUCGGCACCUUGGUUAAGAGACUUUCCUAGAAGUUGUCUUUGAAAUUGUUAUUAUUCGUUGAUCCCACCGUUGUCAAAGUUAUUUGUGUUUGAAGCAAAACAUGUCAAUAGAUCAUAGAUUAAGUCAACAUAUUGAAUAUCCCUGUCCAAUAUCCCUGUGUUGUAACUGCGCCUAAUGUUUCGCUACAAUAAGCCCAGGUUAACAAUCCCAGUAGUGGUUGUCGCUCAAUUAGUUGGAUGAGAGAAAACAAAAAAAUAGUUGAUAUGAAUGUACUGAGAAAUUAAUGUUAAAGCAGUCUUUCUUGUGUAUUAGACCUGUGCUCAUGUGUAGUUGCUUAAUUUAAUAUUCCAAAUCAUAUCUAUGCAGAGUUAGCCUGCUUUCAAUGUUCCAAAGCCAUACAAUACAACAGCACACCACUGACCUCUAGAGGAUGUUAUGAUAACAGCAGCUGAAGAGUAUCAGUUCCAUGGAUAGCAGCCAUAUUCAUUACAAAAACUGAAUCUAGUUGUCAGCUAUUUCCAUUUAACCAUUUAGAACUGUCAAAGAGAUCAUCAACACUGCCCCAAAACAGGUGUGUAUAUAUAACUAUCUCCUUAUUUAUUUAACCCUUAUUUUUGUCUCUAUGUUAAGGCUGAAAUCUGCGUUAUGUAAAACAGCGCCACCGGUUCGCCCCCAGGUGUUAUUGUUUUUGUUUUGUUCAUAAAAUGGAGUAGAGGAGCAUCCAGCAUCAUGGUCAAAUAAAAUGGUAAUACGUACUCUACUGUUCUAUCGCACGUGCAAUGAUGUCUGAGGGGGACAAAACAGUGGUGGUUGUUUCGAAGUAACGUUAUUGUUGUUGUUGUAAUAUCGCAAACGGAAGUAGCAGUUUCACCGCUACGGAUUCCAGCUUUAAGGGCCGUACACACCCUAUGCAAACAGAGCAACGGAGCGUCGUAUACAGUCCCUUCCAAAGAGCCACACAAAAGACCAUAGAACUACGUAGAAAACAACGCUCCAUCGCUGGGUUUGCAUAGUUUACGUAAAGUGUGUAGGGGCCUUUAAGCACAUUCAGUAUCUGCUCUUCAGGUUUGCUCGAGAAGACGAAGUGAGAAAUGUGAUAUUCUGUUCAUCACGCUGAUGAAAAUAAAGCAUUUAUUUAUCUA